CCACGCCCCCUUCUUCUCAGCUAUCAAUGCACCCAAGGACAAGGUUACCCUUGGGAUUUAAUCCCAUGAAAGCUGGAUUCCAUGGAAUAAGACAAGAGGAAGAUACAAACAGGAACAGCGAAGGGCAGAGUGAGAGUGAGGGGCGCUCAGCGGCCAUGUCCACUUCCUGGCCCUAGGAUGGUGCUUCCCACUGGCAGACACACAUAGCAGUCAGGGAUGGAACCAGACAUGUGGUCCUUCUUCAUAAUCGCUGGAUUGCUGAUGGCGGCCCUUUCAGGUCACCCAUCUCCAGCCCCAUCUGGCCAGCCCAACACCACCAGUACAGACAGACAGCCCUUGGAGCCAGGGGAGCAGCUUGGGGUUCGCCUAGUGAACGGGAGCAGCCACUGCAGCGGGACGGUGGAAGUUUGGAUCAGGCAGUCUUGGGAGCCCACGUGCGGGGCCUUAUGGGACCACCACGCCGCGGAGGUGGUGUGCAACGUGCUCGGCUGCGGCGGGGCAGCGAACGUGCCGGUCCAGCCGACCCCGCCAACGCUGGAUUGGGCCACUGGGAACGCCAGCGGGGCCCAGAACGCCACACAGGCCCUGGUGCCCUUCAUCCUGUGCAACGGUGAUGAGUGGCAGCUCUGCGAUGUGGGCGAGCUCCCGUGCCGCAAUGACCAGAGGCCAGCCCAGGUCACCUGUGAAGAGGACCGUGCACUGCGGCUGGUGGACGGUGGCAGCCCAUGCGCCGGCCGCGUGGAGAUGCUGGAGCGUGGCCAGUGGGGUUCAGUGUGCGAUGACACGUGGGACCUAGAGGAUGCCCACGUGGUAUGCCGGCAGCUGAGCUGUGGCUGGGCAAUCCAGGCCCUACCUGGCUUGCACUUCACCCCUGGCCAAGGACCCAUCCACCGGGACCAGGUGAACUGCUCCGGGGCCGAGGCCUUCCUGUGGGACUGCCCUGGGCAGCAUGGAGACCUCUACUGUGGCCACAAGGAGGACGCUGGGGUGGUGUGCUCAGAGCACCAGACCUUGCGCCUGACUGGGGGCACGGACCCCUGCGAGGGUCAGGUGGAGGUACACUUCCGUGGGGUCUGGAGCACAGUGUGUGACAGUGAGUGGUACACAUCGGAGGCUCAGGUGCUCUGUCGGGCCUUGGGCUGUGGGAUCAUGGCCAGAAUACCCAAGGGGCAGCCCCACUCCCUGUCGGGCAGGAUGUACUACUCAUGCAGCGGAACAGAGCCCACCCUCUCGGACUGUUCCUGGAGGUUCAACAACUCCAACCUCUGCAGCCAGUCAAAGGCAGCCAGGGUGGUCUGCUCAGGUUCCCGGAGUCUGCUGAAUCUGUCCACUCCUGAAGUUCCUGCGAGUGUUCAGCCAGUCACCAUAGAACCUUCUGUGACAGUGAAAAUGGAGGACUGGCAGUCUCGGGAGCUAAUGCUCUUUAUCCUUUGCAUCAUUCUGGGAGUUCUCCUCCUUGGCUCAUUCAUCAUCAUCACUGUCAUCCUCUUGAAAGUUAAAGGAAAAUACGCCCUCCCUGUUUCGGUGAACCACCAGCAUCUACCCACCACUACCCCAGCAGGGAUCAAUAGCUAUCAAGAGGUCCCCAUCACCAUCCCCAAAGCAGAAGUUUCUCAGCUGCCCAUCCAGGUCCAGGCCCCGCCCCCUCAGGACUCGGACUCGGACUCAGACUCCGACUAUGAACACUAUGACUUCAGCGCUCAGCCUCCCGUGGCCUUGACCACCUUCUACAACUCCCAGCGGCACCGAGUCACAGAUGAGGAGGUCCAGCAGAGCAGGUUCCGGAUGCCCCCCUUGGAGGAAGGACUUGAAGAGGUGCAUGCCUCCCAGGUCCCACCUGUCAACCCUGGACACUGCAUUGCAGAUCCCCCCUCCGUGAACCCUCAGCAGCACGCAAGGAACAACAGUGGGUCUAGCACGUCAUCUGGAGAGGACUACUGCAAUAGCCCCAGCAGCAGGGUCCCCUCAUGGAACCCUCAGGGUUUUUCUUCAGAGAGGAACCCCCUCCUGCAGCAGCCGCCAAACUUGGAGCUGGCUGGCUCCCAGGCAACUUUUUCGGCAGGGACCUUGGAUGAUGACAGCUCUAGCACCUCCUCCGGGGAGUGGUACCAGAACUUCAAGCCGCCCCCCCAGCCCGCUUCCACGGAGCAGCUUGGGUGUUCAGGAUCCCCCAGGCCCCAGCCUGAGUCCACGGACGAUGACGACUAUGACGACAUCGGAGCAGCUUAGACUUGGCCCAGCGAGGCUCCAGGUGGCUCAUUCCACUGGACUCCUGCUCUACCUACUCCCCUGUGCCACCUUGUCUUCUUGUCCUCCCAGAUCAUCCCCCAGGGGGCUGAGAGGCCUCCCCUGGAGAGAUGAAAGGGAACUCCACACCCUGUACCACCCAAUCUCCAUCAAACAGAGCCUUCACCAGCCCCAACAGCAGCAAGCUGACGGGUGCUGCCUCUGAGAGGUAGUGAGCUCUGUCUCAGGGAUGAACAAGCAGUCUGGGCCACCUCUCAGCAGGCUGCAUGGAGGGGUUGACCUGAAUGACUCCUGAGGUCCCUUCCAACCCUCAGGUGUCUGGUACUUCAGUUCUCUGAGUCUCAGACAGCUCAGGGCCCAGAGGUACUGAGCGGGGCAGAAAGCGGCCCCAUCCCAGUGCUGCCCAGGGACGCCCCACAUGCAGGGGCUGUUGGGCUGCUGUUGCUCUGACAGGUGGAUGCUGGGCUGGGGUGACACACCCGCCGACUCAGGCUUCUCUCAGGGCAGGGCCCUGUUCUGCAGUGACUGUCCAUGGACACUGAAUCCUAUUCUGGGCUUCCUAUGCUUUACUAGGAUCAUCCCAGCCCAGCCCCACCACAGACCCAGAGGUGGGGCUCAGUCCUUGUGGGGGCAGAAGUGCAGAAAUGUCUGCCAGGUGGGGCCCAGAGCCUGCAGUAACCCCCCGUCCCUAUCUGUCAGCUUGGAUUGAUGGGGGCCUCCCGUAUGAGCCUGUCAACAUGCAAUGUCCCACCCAGAGCCAUAAAAACGACCAGGCAGCCUCCAGAGAGGCCAGAGGGCUCAGGGCCAGCUCCUGGUGUCUUGUUCUGAGAAUUCUGAGA